AUGGUGAAAGGAUUUCAAGUAGUGGUGGUGAGAGAUUAUGAUCCAAGGAGCGACUUAACAAGUGUGGAAAAGCUUGAGAAAAGCUGCGAAGUCGGGUCUUUACUAGUGGAUCUCAUGGGUGACCCGCUUGCCCGGAUCCGACAAUCUCCUUCUUUUCACAUGCUGGUGGCAGAGAUUGGCAACGAGAUAGUGGGAAUGAUUAGAGGAACGAUCAAGAUGGUAACACGUGGUGGAAAUGCAUUACUUGAUCCUGGUCAUCAACAUGACGGAGUUUCGCCGGAAAUAAGAACCACCAAACUCGCCUUCGUCUCCGGCCUCCGAGUCUCUCCGUUUUUCAGGAGGAUGGGAAUUGGACUGAAAUUGGUGCAAAGACUCGAAGAGUGGUUUCGACAAAACGACGCCAUUUACGCAUACGUGCAAACUGAAAACGACAACGCAGCUUCAGUCAAACUCUUCACCGAGAAAAGCGGUUACUCCAAAUACCGUACACCUACUUUCCUGGUCAACCCGGUCUUUAACCACCGAGUCUCAGUCUCACGCCGAGUCAAAAUCAUCAAACUCGCUUCCUCCGACGCUGAGUCACUCUACCGCAGCCGAUUCUCCUCCACCGAGUUUUUCCCUUCCGAUAUCAACUCCAUCCUCACCAACAAACUCUCCCUCGGCACUUUCCUGGCCGUGCCACGUGGCAGUGACUACGUUCCCGGGUCUUUACCCGACCCGUCCGGUUCAUGGGCCGUAAUAAGUAUAUGGAACAGUAAAGACGUGUACAAGCUUCAAGUUCAAGGAGUGUCGUGUCUAAAACGCACGUUAGCUAAGACAACGCGCGUUUUCGACGGCGCGUUUCCGUUUCUCAAAAUCCCGUCGUUUCCUAAUCUUUUCAAGCCGUUCGCGAUGCAUUUCUUGUACGGUAUCGGCGGAGAAGGGGCACGAGCGGCAGAGAUGGUGGAGGCGCUUUGUUCACACGCGCAUAAUAUCGCUAGAAAAAGCGGCUGUGCCGUCGUAGCUGCUGAGGUGGCGUCCUGUGAGCCACUCAGAGUUGGUAUUCCUCAUUGGAAAGUUCUUUCGCCGGAGGAUUUGUGGUGUUUGAAACGUCUCCGAGAUGAUGAAGGUGACGACGACUGGACUAAGUCAGCGCCUGGAUUGUCCAUUUUCGUUGACCCUAGAGAGAUAUGA